UCAACCACAGAACAAUCAACUCCAAAGGCCUCCAAAUACUGGUGGAUCUCAAAGGUCUCAAAAUGUUGUAAAUUCAUCCAUCAGUACAUUCACUGCCGUUCAGCAAUAUAAUGAUUUAGUUGAAGGCUGGAAUCCAUCUAAUGAAUUACAGGGUUCGGAAAUCCUAUCAAAGAAGACUAAAUUUUCAUCUAUGCUGUUUUUGGGACUUCCAGAAUUAUAUGAAUAUGAUAUUCUUUUUUAUGACUUUUAA